AUGAUCUCUUCCGUGACUCUAUUCAGAUCAUGUGCGAUUGUUGUGUCAAGAACUAUAACAAAGCCUGUCACUACGAAAUCAUUCGCCACGACGAUAAGAAACACCGGAACACGACGAUUUCUCGCAAAUUUUUCCACAAUGCGUCCACAAAUUUAUUUAACACGAUCGGAUUUCCCAACGGCUGGCAUCGAUUUGCUGCAAAAUGAAUGUGACCUCGACGGUUGGAAUGAAGCAUCGAUUGUGCCUCGCAAAGAAUUGUUAAAGGGAAUUGUUGGUAAGGAUGCGCUGUUCUGCACAUUGACCGAUAAAAUCGAUGCAGAGGUGAUUGAACGAGCUGGACCAAAUUUAAAAGUCAUUGCCACAAUGUCUGUUGGAUAUGAGCACAUCGAUUUGGUUGAGUGUAAAAAGCGGAAAAUUCGUGUUGGCUACACGCCCGAAGUGCUGACCGAUGCUGUGGCUGAUUUGACCAUUGCUUUGUUAUUGGCAACAACGCGUCGAUUGAUCGAAGGCAACCGUGACGUGCACAACGGCGAUUGGAAAUCAUGGGCACCUAUGUACAUGUGUGGUCCAGCGAUCAGGGAUACAACCAUUGGAAUCAUUGGUUUUGGUCGUAUCGCCCAAGAAGUAGCUAAACGAAUCAUUCCAUUCAAACCAAAGCGGAUCAUCUAUUCGAAUCGAUCGAAUAGCCGGGAAAAAGAAGCCAGAGAAGUGGGAGCGGAACGUGUCAGCGUCGAAAAGCUGUUGAGCACAAGUGAUGUGGUGAUUUUAUUGUGUGCUCUAACACCAGAAACGACCCAUUUGAUCAACGCCAAAACAUUGGCCACCAUGAAGAAGACAGCCGUUUUGAUCAAUUGUGCACGCGGCCAAGUCGUCGAUCAAGACGCAUUGUACGAUGCACUUCGUACCAAUACCAUUCGUGCCGCCGGCUUAGAUGUCACCACACCAGAACCGUUGCCACUUGACAGCCCAUUGCUAACACUCAAUAAUUGCGUGAUUAUUCCACACAUUGGCAGCGCUGAAAUUGAAACACGACAAGAAAUGGCACGUAUCACCGCUUUGAAUGUGCUCGGCGCUUUGAAAAAUACCGAAAUGAUCUAUGAAUUGUAAAUCGGCUUACACUCACACACACACAUAGAGAGAGAGGCUCUUUGUAAAUAUUAUUUACACAUUUCGACAAUUACUAACUGGCAAAACGAAAUUGACAUUGAACGAACAAAAAAAAAUCUAAUCUUAUGAGCAAUCGAAAGCAAAUAAUAAAGCAAUUUUUCAAGCAACGAAAAA